CUGAGUAGUUCUAGCUACCACAGGUGUUUCGAUAAGUAUAAAAAAAAUGACGGACAUCGUAGAUACGGAACAGUUUAAUGCCGAUGAGCUACAGCCGCCAGAUUGGCUGAAUUCCGAGUUUAUAACCGAAGUUCUCAGCAAAUACGAAAAGGUUUCCGAGUUGAAAGUAACCGAUCUGAAAAUCACUCCGGCCAGUGCCCAGGGCGAUCAUUAUGCCAGUGUUAUGUUCCGCGCCACGGCGGAGUAUACCACUGCAAAGGGAAGCUUCUCCAAACCGCUGAUCAUCAAAACAAUGCCCGAGCAGGAGGGUCACAAGAAGGAUAUGCUGAGUGAUUCGCACAUAUUUACGACGGAAAUCGGAACUUACUGCAAGGCUCUGCCCGAGUUUGAGAGGAUAUUGCGGGAGGCAGGAGAUGACACCAAACUGUAUGUGCCCUGCCUGUAUCAUAGCGUGGAACCGCGGCAGGUGAUGAUCUUCGAGGAUCUAGUGCCGCAGGGCUACUCCGUCAUCCGGGAUCGUCCUGUCACGGAGAAGGAACUGAAGAAGGUCUUCGCCAAGCUUGCCAAAUGGCAUGCAGUCAGCAUGAAGGUCAUCAAUGAGAAACCCGAAUUCCUAAAGGACUUUAAAUACGGCAUCUUUGAAAUGCCCACCAUUGAAUCGGAUCCCUUUGUGACCAAUGGCAUGGCUGGUUUCAUAGAAAUGCUGGACCAAAAACCAGAAUUUAGGAAGUAUAAUCCGCACUUUGAGAAAGUCAAGGAUAUUUACUUAAAGCGUUUGGCUGAUGAAAUGCAGGAAUAUCGCAAAAAUAGGAGGGAUGAUAGUUACUAUGUCCUUUGCCACGGAGACUUUCAUUUGCGCAACAUGAUGUUCAAGGAAAACAAGCAAACGGGUGCUCCCGAGGAUGUCAUGCUGGUGGACUUCCAGUUCUGCAAUAUCUGUCCCAUUACCGUGGACUUGACCUACUCCAUUUAUAUGUUGAUGGAGCCGGAACAGCGCAGGGAAAUGGGCAAGGACCUGAUCCACCAUUACUUUACAGUUUUGGUGGAAACUCUAAAGAAGAUUGGCUUCAAAGCAGAAAUGCCAACCGAAGCAAGAUUGUGGGAACAAAUUCAUCGCAAUCGUUAUUAUCAUUUUUUCAUGAUAAGCACUUUGCUCCCUAUGAUGCUGGCCCUUAAAUCAAAUGCCCUAAAAAUGCAUGAUCUGAUCCAGGAUCCAGAAACUCGCCGCAAGUCUUACCUCUUGGAGAAUUAUGUCAAAGAUGUGGCAAUGCUUUUGCCCAAAUACGAAGAGCUGGGCCACUUUAAGGAUCUUUGAUAUAUACUCUAAGUUAUUCUUGUAACUAUUUCAUGUAUAGAAAAUAUAUUUAUUAAAUAGCCUAUCAAUUUGUGCAAAAUUUCGAUAAAAA